CGUUUUGGUGCUUUUUGUUUGGGAAGUCGGUCAACUGCUUGACAUCUUCUUGGCUAAAAAAUGGUGAUAGAAUGAUGAUGAUGAUGAUGAUCAGAAAAUUAAGUAAGAACCCACUUGAAGCAUAAUCAUUUUCAUCUUUACUUUCCUUCUCUUCUCUUCUCUUCUUCACCAAUUACCACCCCGGUUCGGUUCCUACCCGAAAGAGAGAGAGAGAUUAUUAGAUUGGAUUUGGAAAUUGAAAGGCACUAUCUAUCUAUCUAGGUCUUCUUCACUGGAUAAUCAGAGAUAUAUAAAGCUAAGCAAAGCAUAAAGGGAAGAUAGGGGAAUAUUAUUAUUUCUGCGGCAUUUAAACGACAUAAAAAGCGAAGAAAAAAGAUGGGUAAGAAACAGCAGCACCGUUCGUUGAGGAGUAAAGCUGUUCAUCUCGUCUCUGAUUUCACCACCGUCUUGCUCAAUCCAAUCUCCGAUAAAGCCUCCAAAACUACUCGUCCUCCACCGGAAGAAGAUUCAGAGUCGAAAAAGAGUCAACAUCAAUCGGCUCCAGAAGAGAAUUCUCAGGAUAAUGUUGAUGAGCCAGAUACAUCAUCCUUUACAGCAUUCCUUUAUUCUCUUCUAUCAUCAUCAGAGACUGGAGACAAAUCAAAACAUGAUCAGAAAAACGAAUACCAGGAAGACAUGAUUGGACCAUCAUCCGACUCAUCAGUGAAAGAAACAAGCGGGAAAGAAACUGCUGGAAAGAAAAGUUUAAUCUCAAGGGGAAAACAAUCGAUUGGUAAAGCUUUUUAUCAUGCUGCAAGAAUAGGGGGUUAUAAAAGUCAGUCCUUGGAGCGUAAAAGUAAUUCAGAUAACGCGGCUAGUGGAAAAGGGUCUAUAGCCAGUGAAUCUGAAGGGAUUCCCAUGAAGACCUUAAACGAGUCACUUUCAUCCAUCAGCCUUCCUGAAACAUCAGAACCAUCGUUGCUUCUGUCAGAAAAAAUACGAAAUGCUGUUUAUAUUGCACUUCCAUCCCUUGUUCAGGGAAGAAAAUGGGUACUUCUAUACAGCACAUGGAGACAUGGGAUUUCGUUGACAACUCUUUAUAGACGAAGCAUGCUAUGGCCUGGCACCAGUUUGUUGGCGGUCGGAGACCGUAAAGGUGCGGUUUUUGGUGGAUUAGUGGAGGCACCUUUGAGGCCCACUAGUAAGAGGAGAUACCAGCAGGGGACAAAUAAUUCUUUCGUUUUCACAAAUACGCCUGGACAACCCGUUAUUUUUCGCCCCACAGGAAUGAAUCGCUAUUUCACUCUAUGCUCCCCUGAAUUUUUGGCAUUAGGGGGAGGCGGUCACUUUGCACUCUACUUGGAUGGUGAUUUGUUGAAUGGAUCGAGUUCUGCCUCGGAAACAUAUGGCAACUCUUGUCUAGCUCACUCAGAAGAUUUUGAAGUGAAGGAAAUAGAGUUAUGGGGGUUUGUAUAUGAUUCAAAAUAUGAAGAGACAGUUUCCUUGUUGAGGACGGAGGCACCUGGAAUCUGCAGGUGGUGAAUGAGGUUUUUAUUUGUGGAGAGAAACUUCGACACUUUACGGUUGGUUUUUUCCCAGAAAAAAGUCUAGCGAUCAACAAUGAAUGAUUUGUAUAUAAUGGAAGUAUAGAAAUGCAACAGCAUCUGCUUUGUUUAGUGCUGUCUGGAACAAGAACAACAAAAGGUGAAGGGACUUUUGUUUUUGUAAAUAUGUUCAUGGUGGAAGUAUACAAAUGCAUUAUCUGCUUUAUGUUGAAAAUGUAAUUCAGUGUCAACCAGUUAUAUU